AAUAAUCCCUCAAAUAUGAACACCCCAAUCGUACAGAAAUGGGCAAGCAAGAGAUUGAUGAUAGUGGUUUUGAAUUUUACUUUGAUCUGUCAAGCUUUCAUUUUGGUGAGAGACAAGUGAUUUGAGGGGUAUUUUAAGAAUGGAGAAUUUUGAGAGCCUUGAGAUAGCUCAUGAAAGCGAUGAGAUGGACCUGGGAGAUGAACUGGGUGAGAGGAUUAUAUGGAGUUGAAUCAGGCGACAUUUUUAUGUGAAAGUUGACCUCAAGGGUAUUAUUAUGAUGUUGUUACUAUGAUGUGAAAACAUUGAAAUGGAAGUUGCAAUGGAGCUUGUAAAGCUCAAAAAAUUUGUCUUGACUGCCCAGAAGGUACAGUUUUAGAGUUAAACACUUUCCAGUGAGUUGAUCCUAGUGAUUACAUUAAUAAUAAACCAUUUUCAAAAGGAGUAAUUCUUGAGAGCCCAGAACUUAAUUUAUCUCCUGUCACUCGAAAUUUCAAAGAUGAGUAUAUCAUUGAAUAUUACAUCGACAUUUAUAGCGAGCAGCCUCUUGAGCUAGGAACUCUUGAGUACCCUUAUCGCUCUUUCAAAGCUGUCAGUUAUGAAAUACUGACCUUCUACAGCCACACCAGCAUUUCUGUUGUGAUCUACACAAAGGAUGCUUAUCUUCAAGAUGAUACUAAUAUUUACGUUAAUAUGACUUCAGUAACAGUUCUCCCUCAUCCAAAAUGGAAAAACGUCCUUAACCCUCCUGUGCUAAUUCCAACUCAAGUCCCUCAAACAGAAUUUCCCUCUAAGACUUUGUUUCAUCUCCUUGGUACCACUGAGCUCCCCAUCGAAACAGCCAUGUCUUCUGGUGGACUCAGUGAAUACGAAGCUGCUCUACACGAAAUAGGCAAAAUUACAAUCCUCCCUAUCCAGACAAGCUUCAUCAUGAAAAACAUCAAUAUCUACAGAGAAGAGAAAACUCCAGAUCUGGGCUUCAUCCUGAUAUACUGAGGAAACAUAAAUUCAAAAACUCUACAUAUCGAAAAUGUCAACUUAAACAUAACAGGAAGCUUUGUUCAGACUCGUAGACCUCUAAAUGCAAUCAUCAAAUCAGUCAAGGCCGAUUUAGUCAGAUUAAUGAACUUUUAUGAUGCUUCAUUGGAAAAUUGUAAUUACCCCGAAGCUGACCUCACAACAACUCUUGUUUUUGAUAACUUCUCCUUUGUCAAUAGCAACAUUUUGAAUGGACGAGCUCCUCAGUCAAUUAUCAACUUAAGUGGACCAGAAAAUAUUACAGCUACAAAUAUUGACUGAAGAAACUGGUUUACUUUGAAAUCUGGCGACCACAGAUGCUUUGCAUACCGGACAAUCUCGAACUGCAUCCCACAAGACUCUUUGCUGCAGCAAGUAACUGUAGUAGGAGUAUCGAAUGAUUUGAUUGCUGACAAUUCCAACUAUUAUGCAGCAAAUGUAAUGAGAACUGACAUCCCUCACUAUCGAAACAUUCACCAACAUAUUGAGAAAUACACAGCUGAGAACUCGGUGAUCAAUUCGUUUAAAACUUACUUUGCAGUGCUCUCAUCAAUGAUGGACAGCUGGGUGUUUAAAGAUGCUACAUUUACAAACUGUACUAGCACAGCUCCCUUUGUCUCAACCAGAUUUGCUAACUGGGCUGUAAAUGAAAAUAUCACUUUUAAAAACAUCCCAAAAUGCUCUGGACCAUUGAUAGAAUCUAUUGGAGCUAUAGAUGUGACAGUCAAGGACAUCUAUAUCCAAAACUACACUUCAGACAAAUAUGGGAGUUUUCCUGCAAUCGAUAUCAGAUCUCUAUCUAACUCCACUACGACCAUCCAGAACAUCUCUGCAAUAGACUGUAUUUUGUAUGGCAAUUCUUUGAUAUCACAGAUGAAUAAUCUCAAAGAAAUCAGAAUUCAGGAUGGUUAUUACCAUAACGUGAGGCUGGAGACUUCUGCUGCCCUGAUUCAUCUUUAUGAUGCAGAUGAUUUCUUGGUUUCUAACCAAAAAAUUGUUUCUUCUCACUCUCUUCACCAAAAUGAGAAGUCAAUUUUCUUAGAAAUUUCUUCUAUUAAUGUACAAGAAUCAAAUUAUUCAGUCAUAGAAAAUAUAACAUUUGAAGAUUCUUCAUUAGGUGCCAUCAAAGUAGGCUCACUUCACGGUUCAACAGAUCAAGCCAAAGUCCUCAAUUUGGACCAAAUUACAUAUUCAGAUUGAUAUAUAUUCCACUCGGGCUCAUUGAUUUCUACUGAAGGAAUGAUAUCAUCGAGCUUAUAUGAGAUUAGAAUGAACUCUAUCAUUUUUGAAAAUGUCACAUACUACUCUUGGGGUGAUCUCAUCAGCUUCGGGCAUCAGCUCAGUGUCCCUGCUGUUGUGACAAAUCUCACUUUGAUUGAGGUGAAAUCUGGGAAAAUUAAUGCAGAGUCUUUCAACUCUAUCUUUCCAGACUUGAAGACUUCUGUGAAUUUCGAAGGAGUUUAUGUUAAAAAUGCUUCAGUUACUAAAAUGUCCCUUAUCAGGACAGACUUUAAUUGAGUGCUGAAAAUUAUCAAUUCUUCUUUUUCAAAUAUCCAUAGCACUUAUUUAGGCUCUGGAAUAUUUGAUACUGGGCAUAAUUCACUUAUUAUCAUACAAAAUACUUUGUUCAAAGACAAUUUGGCAAUAUCCUCAUCAAUAUUCAAAAUUAAAGAUGAUUCCGAGGUUCAAUGAACUAGCUGUACAGUGACUAACAACUUUGCCGCAUCAAGCGGAGUGAUAUCAACAGAAUCAAAUGGGAAAUUUGAGUUUAUUAAUUCUAAAAUCUACCUAAACUAUGCAAUCCAAAAUCCAAUCGGGUUGCUGUAUGGGCUCAACAAAGUUUCAGUAUUUUCGAAUUGUGAAAUUUACCAAAAUGAAGUUGUAAAAACAUCAGAAUUACUUCUUGAGUUCACAAAUUGCUCUAAAUUUUGACACAUGAGCGAUAGCCUAAAAGAGUAUCUUACCACAUUCAUUCAUUCGAAUAUCAUAAAAUCUCAAGCAGCCGUUCAAAUUUUGUUCGGGUCAUUAGAGAUAUCUAAUGGCACAAAGAUUUACAAUCAACAAGAAUUUAUAUCUGCUUCUGAUUCCUUAGUCACAAUAUUGAAUUCCACGAUAUCCAAUACUGAAAUCCUGCAUUAUCAAAGUGUGGGGUACAACUCAAAGUUUAUAUUCAGAGAUGUACAGAUUAUUAAUGUGACUCAGCCUGAUAACAGAGGGCUUAUUUUAGCAUCAUCAAGCAGUGAAUUUGAGGCAUCAAAUUUAACAUUCAAAAACUCUAACACUCAUUUAUUUUUGAUUCAAGAUUCCAGUGCUAAACUGAAGCAAAUCCAUUUUCAAAAUAUUUCUAAUGCAAAUUAUUUGAUUGAUUUUAUCAGAUCAACUUGGGUGAGUUUGGACGAUAUUGAAAUACCCUCUGGGUUAGACAUUGCUGAACAAUAUUUUCACUUCAAAGAUAGCGAAGGAACUGAGCUUAUGAAUAUUGAUGCUUCAGGCUUAAAGAGACCUCUUAUAAAAGCACAAAACUCACACUUCAAUUUGAUUUACAACCUUAGUAUCAGCAACAGUUUGGAAAUAGUAGAAUUUAUUGACUCUGAUAUUGUAAAUAUGACUCAGUGAUAUUUUGAAAAUAAUGGAGAUAAAUCUACUCUAAUAGGUGGAGCUCUGGUCUUUCAUAAUACUGUGAUGAAGAUUGAGAAUUCCUCAUUUAUCGGAAACACAGCAAUAAGUGGAGGAGCAAUUUCUUUCCAGUGAUCAUCUACUGAUAGAUGAAAAUUGCAGAUAAUUAAUUCCAGUUUUUGUAAUAACUUAGCUGUUUCGAAAGGAGGAGCUAUUUAUUAUGACUAUAGUCCUCCCUUGCUCAGUGGGGUUGUGUUCAGCAACAACUCAGCUCCUUAUGGUGAUAAUCUUGCUAGUUAUCCCUAUUGAAUUGGAUUUGAGGGCUAUCAGUGAAAUCAAUGUGAACCUUUGAGUAAUCUUACAUCAGGAAUCCUAAGCGAAACCCCUCUUAAAUUAGCCAUAUACGAUCAUGAGCAUCAGAUUGUGAAUUUGGUGAAUUCUUCUCAGUUAUUAAUUACUUCAAUUGAUACUAAUCAAGGCCAAGUUGCUGGAGAUAACAAUGCGAUUAUUAGGAAUGGAGUUGCUACUUUUAGUGAUAUCUGGUUUAUUGCUAAACCAGGCUCAGAUUUUGUAAGAUUUAAGAUAACUUCUAAAAUGUUGGAUAAGGAAAAGCUACUUGCUGUGUAUAAUAAAACUACAACCGCCAAAGAAUGCAACACAAAUUUUAGGUACUGCCAACCUGGAGAGAGACAAUAUAAAAACAAGUGUGAAAUUUGCUCGGCUGGCACAUUCUCUCUCAAAUGGAACUCAACUGAGUGUGAUAAGUGAAUUGACAACGUAGCUUGAAGAGGAGGCGCUGAGCUGAGUGUUAGCAGUGGCUAUUGGAGGAGAACCUCUAACUCAACCAUGAUUGUGAAAUGACUCAACCAAGAAGCGUGAGAAGGGGGCUAUGUACAGAAUUUUACAUCUCCUAUCAAUUGAAAAGAAGGAUAUGAAGGUCCAUUAUGCUCCAAAUGAAGCAUCAUUGGAGAUGUAAAAUAUCAAAGACAAAAUGAAUUUGGAUGUGCCAAAUGCCCAAGUGUUGAAUUUACUGCUGUACUGCUGGUUUUUAAAGCAAUACUUGCAAUAGCUUACUUUAUGAUCAUCAUUGGAAUCAAUGUUAGAAGAACUGAAGAGAGUGAACUAUCUGUACUACUAAGAUUAUUUACCAACUAUAUCCAGUUAAUAAUGACAUCAUUGUCAAUGAGUUCUAAUUUUCCUCAGCUUGAUAGCUAUUUUGUAACUUCGAUAGAUAUAAUUGGAGGGUCUUCAACAGUAUUGCUAUCUUUUGACUGCUUAUUUCCUGGAUACGAAAUCACUGGCCCAUUUAGAUCAAAUGCUGUAUUCAAAUUAUUUUUACUGGUAAUUUUACCUCUCCUAAUCUUUGUACCAAUCUCUAUAUUCUGGAUCAUUCUUUAUUGGACGAACAAAAAAUUCGGAAAGAAUCUUGCAAAGAAUCUAAUCGUAUCCUUCAUCUGCAUCAUAUUCUUGUUGCAUCCCAGACUGACUCAAGAAGGAAUAAAUAUCUGGAGAUGAAUGGAAAUUGACAAUGGAGUUAAAGUGGCCAGAUUUGAUAUGGACAUCCAAUGCUAUUCAAUGACUCAUAUAAAAUACUGCCUUUUGAUAUCAGCUCCUAUUCUGAUCAUUUGGGUUAUAACAAUGCCAGUUAUUGCUUUUGUAAUCCUUUGAGCCAAUAGAGCUAAAGAGGAAGAUCAUAAGGUCAAGGAGUAUUUACUCCUUCUUCAUCAAGGGCUAACAAAUAAAUGAAUUUACUGGGAGUUUGUGAAAACUCUCAGGAAAUUCUUGCUUGCUGCAUGUCUCCUUCUCGAUGAGAAAGCCCGACUUGGCGUAGCCUCGGUCCUCUUGAUAAUCUCAUCAAGAAUUCAGUUGUGGCUGAAGCCUUACAAAUAUGAUGAGAACAAUGAGAUAGAGUAUUUAGAAAUCAGUUGAGGAGCAGUCGUUAUUAUGGCUGCUUAUGUAUACACAAUGGAAGCCCAGAUUGAAGCUCUCAAUAUCCUUACAGUCUCACUGGUUGUCGUAAUAAAUUUUGUAUUCAUAUUGCGCUGAUGAUAUUUGAUGUGUUACAGUUAUCAGGAGAAACACAGAAUUUUAUUCCUUCUUUCAAGAUUUUUCGGAUGAUUAUUGUGAAUUAGGAUGAAGAAAGAGCAAGAGAAUAAAAAUCUAGCUGAUUCAAGAAUAUCUGAAUCUCCUAAGAUCCCAAUCAUUCCUAGAAAUAAAGCACACAAGAAACAAAGGAAGCGCCGUAGGGUAAAAAGACGAUACAAAAAGAAAUAUUCAAAAUUUAUCUCAAAGUUACCAAAAAUAGCAAUUUCAAAAAAGCAAUUACACCCAAAGCCAUGGGAUAGCUUUUCAUCCUACUCUCCUUCAGACCCUUUCCAUGCACCCACAACCACUCCCUUCAAAAUUCCCCCUUCUAGCACUCCGCAGCCCUCCUUCCAGUCCCAAAUCCGUGCUCCAGCUAUAACCCAUGUUCACUUCAACCUCCCUCCUUCAAUCUCAUCUCCAAGGCGAACCUAACAAUCACAAAUAGUUAAUUUAUGAUAUCUAUUGGACAAAUAAAGGAAUAGUAGUGGAAGAAGACAAAUUUGGUGAUAUGUGUCCAGACACUUGGUUUAAAUUUUAUUAGAGUUUGUGGUUUGGAGGGGAUAUAUGGGGGAAUAAAGGGAUUUUAUGAUAGUGAAUGAUUUAUAUUGUGAAGAUUAUUAUAAGCCUAGGGAGUAGUGAUUAAGAUUCAUAGUAAUCUCUUAAUGAACUCCUCAACAACGCACUUAAGUUUCCUAAUAAUUGUUUCUAAUUACUCAACAUCAGAAACCUCAAAGAUCACAAUAACAUUUCCAUAAAGAACACAUCUCCACCUUCACAAAACCCAUAAACUAAAACAACACAAACAACAUAAACUCUCAAAACUCCACUCAAAAUCCCCAAAAUUCACAAUUCCAAAAAAGCUCGGCAACCCCAAAUAACUCCCUCUUCAUUCCAUAUACUCUAAUACACAUUCC